AUGGCUGACCUCUGGAAAAUCAACAAAAACAACAACCCAGUAGUCGGCCAUGCCAAUAUUUACAUUGCAAAGAAUGGUCAGCUACGGCCGGUAGAGGAGAAUGGUGGUCAGGCGCAGACGUGCGGGGGGCGGUGCGGGGCGGAGCAGUGCGCGCUCUGCAGGGGGGACGCGGAUACUGAUAAUAAACAAAAUAUCGAAGAUGCUGAUGAAACCCAAUCAGUCGAGGAACACGUGCCUGGUCUGAAUUUGGAGUUUCUCAGACAGCUCAUCAGCCUUGCCAGAAUAAUGGUUCCAGGGUUCAGGAGCCAUGAGGUGGCACUGUUGGCAACCCAUACUGUUUGCUUGUUUACUAGAACCUUCCUCUCUAUAUAUGUUGCUCAUUUGGAAGGGUCGAUAGUAAAACACAUAGUACAAAAGGAUCUCCGAGCGUUUGCAGCGCUUCUCAUGCAAUGGUUCGGUAUUGCAAUACCGGCGACCUUUAUCAACUCCAUGAUAAGAUAUCUGGAGAGUCGGUUGGCUUUAGCCUUCAGGACGAGGCUCGUCAACCAUGCGUACGAAUUGUACUUCAAAAAUCAAACCUAUUACAGAGUAGCUAAUCUUGAUGCGAGAAUAGAAAAUGCAGAUCACAGAUUAACAGAAGACGUGUCAACAUUCACGCAAUCAGUGGCACACCUGUACAGCUCUCUGACGAAGCCGUGUUUCGACCUGCUCCUUAUAGUGCUCACCCUCGCCAGCUAUUCCAACAAGAUGAAGGGGAAUAUGUUCCUAGGGCCUGGUAUAGCGACAGUGGUGAUCUGCUUCACGGCACAAUUGCUCAGGCUGCUCAGUCCAAGGUUCGGUGCUCUCGCCGGGGAAGAGGCUAAGAUGAAGGCGAAUCUGAGACACGUGCACUCCAGGCUCAUCGCUCAUGCUGAGGAGGUUGCCUUCUACGGUGGACAUCAGGUGGAACUCGGUCAGCUCCAGUCAGCCUAUAAGCAGCUGGUCACGCAGAUGACGUCAGUGUUCAACAAGAAGCUUUGGUACGUGAUGCUGGAACAGUUCUGCAUGAAGUACGUGUGGUCCGGUACCGGAAUGGUCAUGCUGGCGCUCCCCAUCCUCACCGGCACCAAGAUCGAUGGCUCUAUAGGACAAGGCAUUAGUGAAAGAACAGAGUAUAUGACGACUUCAAGAAACUUACUCAAUUCUGCAGCAGACGCUAUCGAGAGGCUCAUGUCUAGCUAUAAGGAGAUCGUGACGCUGGCGGGGUACGCCACGCGCGUGUCGGACAUGCUGGUGGUGUUCGGCGAGGUGGCGCGCGGGCGCUGCGUGCGCGCCGUGCACGCCGCGCCCGCGCCCGGCGCCGCCUUCCAGGUCACCUUCCGCGACCGCCAGCCCGUGCCCAUGGGUAAGAUCACGUACACGACGGACCUGUCAAUCCGGCUGCGCAACGUGCCCAUCGUGACGCCGGCGUGCGACGUGGUGGCGGGCGGCGUGUCGCUGGACCUGCAGCCCGGCACGCACCUGCUCAUCGUGGGGCCCAACGGCUGCGGCAAGUCCAGUCUGUUCCGCAUAAUCUCCGGGCUGUGGCCGGUGUUCGGUGGCUCGCUGUCCAUCCCCAAGCCGUGCGAGUGCGCGCACUGCGCCGGCGAGCCGCACGCGCCGCCGCACUGCGCCGCGCGCCCCGUCAUGUUCUACAUACCGCAGAGGCCGUACAUGUCGGAGGGCUCGCUGCUGGACCAGAUCACGUACCCGGCGCGCGCGCGCGGCGCGGCGGCCGAGGCGCGCGCGGCGCACAUCCUGCGCGUGGUGCGCCUGGACGCCUGCGCCGCGCGCCUCGGCGGCCUGCACGCCGUGCGCGACUGGCGCGCCACGCUCUCCGGCGGCGAGAAGCAGCGCGUGGCCUGCGCGCGCAUGUUCUACCACCGGCCGGUGUACGCGCUGCUGGACGAGUGCACGAGCGCGGUGUCGAUGGAGACGGAGGUGGUGAUGUACGAGGAGGCGAUACGCGAGGGCAUCACGCUGCUCUCCAUCACGCACCGCCCCAGCGUCUGGAAAUACCACACCCACGUAUUAGAAUUCGAUGGAGCUGGCAGUUGGUCAUUCAGACCGCUAGAGAAGGACGCGCCGGCCAUCACACCCUCGUUGCCGAGAAUAACGGAAACGAGUGCACAAAAUGACACGGAGAAAGAACAAACGAUUGAA